ACAACCGAUUGCUAUUGUGUUCGCGCGAACUACUUCUAGCGAAUAGAGCAGUUGGAAAAUUCGUCGCUGCACCUCCUCGUCUUCAUGAUCAGCAGACGACGAGUUGUGAUGUGUUUUUCUGGAUGUCUGUCCAGGCUUGACGUAGACUGAGACUGAGUUGUAGACAUCUUUCAGACAGCCAAUGCGUAGGAACAAAAAAGUUCCACCAAUAAACUCAUCGCAGUAGUGGAACAACAAAAUGUCAACAUCGACAGAACAGUCGAUCCAGCGCUCCCUCGGUCCUCUGUCCAAGCAGAACCAGAAAGCGGACGCAAACAACAUCGUUUGCACCAUGCAACCACUCCGCCGCUGCAUCGAGGAAUUUCUCGGCGAUCUGAGGAAAUGCACGGACGAGAUCAAAAUCUUCGAAUCGACCUGCGACCGACGGUUGAAGUACGUGCACGACAGGGAAGGUUUGGACGACGUAGACCUGAGUAUUUGGACCGGGGUGGAAAGAAUGUAGCAAUUGCUGGCAGCUCCCUGGUGGGGAGUGUUGAUUUGCUGAUGAUUCGACGAAGAAGAAGUAUUUGGACCGGCUCCACCACCCGGCGAGCAGGGGAGGCAAUCUUCAACCACAGUUACACCAAACUAGAGCUUGUUACCUGAGUAUGUAGCUGCCAGCAGCGCAUGAAAAAAUAUCGCAGCGCCGGGAGUACUUACUACACUCUUAUUGCUUCGCACGAGCAGUAGAGCCUCCUGCUCCG